AUGGAGGCCAUCCUUGAUUUCAGCAAACCGGUGGAUGUGCAGCGUUUUGACGAGGUGGUGCAGUACCUCUCUACGGGGUCCCCGCAGGAGAUUAUGAAGGCGCAGGAGGUUCUCAGUGCAUUCAAGGAGAAACCGGAUGCCUUUCUUCACGUUGGUGCCCUCUUGACGAACUCGCAGAACCUAACUACGCGAUUCUUUGCCAUUCAGGUGCUGGAGGAUGCCAUAUUACACCGCUGGAAUACUUUUACAAACGACCAACGGGAGGAAAUUCGUAGUUUUGUGGUAAGCCUGAUUGUUGGUGAGUGUGGAAACCUCAAUCGUAUGCGUAGUAGAAAGGCACUUCUCACCAAGAUGAACAGUGCACUGGUUUCUAUAGCCAAACGGGAAUGGCCGGUGCGGUGGCCUAACUUUAUUCAAGACAUCUGCUCUAGCGCUGGGCCUAAUGAACCACUCGUAGAGAACAACUUGAAUUUACUACGUCUUGUUGGUGAGGAGAUUUUUGAGUUUAGUGAAAAGACUUUGACUUCCCGAUGGGUAAAACGGAAGAAGGAGGCAUUAGAGUCUGAUUUUCGCUUGAUUCUGCAGCUUUGCCUGUCCGUCCUCGGGACCACUGACCAGGUGCUUCUAAAGACCGAUUUGGAAUGCAUGGAGAAGUACCUCUCGUGGAUGAAGCCAGCGCUUGUUUUUAACGAGGAGGUUUUGAUGUACAUGGCGAACCUUGUUGUCGCUGACACCUGCAUCGCGCCAGUUGCCGUGCGUUGCCUCACAGUUGUCUGCUCCAUCGACACUGAUGAAGGAGCGGUGGGUGACGAACAGACGCAGAUGGCAGUUCGAGUGUUUCGCACAGCGUUUAACAACAUUGUGAAUGCCUUACCGACGUCGCACUCCUCGAUUGAAGGACGUAUUGUGCACCUUUAUGAGAUGGGAACCGACGUGGAAGGUAGUUUCGUUCGCGAUUUGAAUCUUCUCGUUAUUACAUUUCUGAAGCGUUAUACCAAGCAGAUAAUAUACGACGACAUUCUGUUGAUCUCUUCGCACCAAAUGCUACUAGGCAUGAGCUAUAUUGACGACAAGGAACUCUUCAAGUCUUGUGUAGAGUACUGGUGGCAUCUUGGGGAAAAGAUGCUGCGCUGUUUGUCACUCACUCCACUCUAUAAGAAACUCUCAACAACGCUGAGUAACGUGCGCUCUGUUCUCAUUAAGAAAAUGGCUAAACCAGAGGAAGUUAUCAUCGUUGAGGAGGAUGGUGAACUUCGCCGUGAACACAUGUCGGACGUGGAAGGACUUCAAAUGUACAACUUGAUGCGGGAGGCACUUGUAUUCUUAACGAAUCUAGACCCAUACGAUACACAGCAGAUCAUGACGGGGCUCAUGCAAAAACAAUUGGACCGUAGUGAAUGGAGUUGGCACAACUGCAGCACAUUGUCCUGGGCAGUGGGAGCUGUCUCUAUGUCUUUGCCGGAGGAGCAAGAGGUAUCGCUCUUUGUGACCAUUAUCCGCGGCCUCCUUGACCUUUGCAAACAGAUGCAGGGGAAAGAAAACCGUGCCGUUAUUGCGAGUAAUAUCAUGUUUGUUGUUGGUCAAUACCCGCGGUUUCUCCAAAAUAACCCCAGCUUUUUAAGUACAGUGGUACGGAAAAUAAUUGAAUUCAUGAAAGAACUCUUUCCUGGGGUACAGGAGAUGGCGGUAGAUACGCUGAUGAAGAUUGUGUCGCAUAUACCAGAGAAAUUUGUUUCGUUGAACAACAGAACUACUUCCAUAGCAGAAGAAAUUGCGGGGCAGUGGACUGAUAUAAUCUCCUUGUUGCAGCCGCAGCAAAUGCAGACUUGCUUUGCCGCGGCCGGCUGCAUGAUUCGUAGUGAGUCGACAGAAAAACAAGCCGCCUUGUUGGAAUUGUUCUUGCGGGAUGUUAACAUUAACUUUAAGGGUAUAACAGAACGCGCGGCGGCGCAGGGCGCGACGUUCUGCCGGGACUCUUCUAGCAUGAUGGAACUGAUACACACGCUGCGGGUGUUCAGCAGCAUCGCUAGCACAUGCGGGACCGCAUUCAUAAGUGAAAUGGGGCUUAUCAUCUGGGACCUUCAAGGCUUCUACCGUACAUUCUUCACUGCGCACAAUACACUGGUGGCGGAGCUUGGACGAAAUUCUGUGUCGCAUCAAGACGUGCGACACCUGCGUCUGGCGAAGAAGGAGAUUCUUCGUAUUUUUGAGCGUUUUGUCGAUAAUACGGAGGAGCGCGACUUCGUGGCGACGAAUUGCAUGCCGAGUAUUCUGUCGGUGGUGCUGGAGGACUACCGGGACUCCCUCCCGGAGGCGAAGGAACCAGGCGCCAUGGCACUCGUCACAGCGUGUGUGAAAAAACUAGGCGCACGCCUCAGUGGGGACUGUGCGGCUAUUCUCGACCACACAUUUGAUACCACGGUAGCGAUGAUCUGCACGAACGUCGAGGAUUAUCCGGAUUUCCGUGUUAAUUUGUUCAGGUUGCUUCAGGCGCUCAACACGUGCUGCUUCUCUGCAUUCCUGAGAUAUGCGUCGACCAAGGAGGACAUCAUCAAUGGUAUGCUGUGGGUGAUAAAGCACACAGAUUUCGCAACGAUGGAGACAGGGCUCCAGUCACUGGACUCGUUUCUCGCCAAUAUUUCCACCUCUGAAAUGCUAGAGGCCUUCUAUACCUCCUUCAUGCAGCGUAUCUUUGUCGAGGUGCUUGUGGCGGCGAUGGACUCGCUGCACGCUGCGGGAUUCACACUGCACUGCAGCAUCCUCAUUAAGCUCUUCACGGUGUCCGACGCGUUUCCCCCGCAGACACCAGUGCUUGGCCGCAACGCAGUUCAGGGGUUUCUUGUGGAGAGCCUAUCCAUAAUUCCUACUCUCACAGAGACAUUAAUAACGGAAUUUGUGACGGCAGCAUACGAAUCGUACCGUGAUGAGACGGAGUUCCAGCGACGCUUCGCGGACUUUCUCAUCGAGGUGCAGGUGUGGGGUGCGGAGGAGGAGAACCGUCUGCAGGCGGAGGAGGAGCGACGAUUGCGGGAGGCGACCAUUCCUGGUUACGCCUUUACCAGAGUGACGGCGCAGUAG